AAUAGACCCACUGAGAAAGGUUGCGUGCGAUAGGCGAUUGUGUUUUGAUGAUUAGUCUGAAUUCUAUUUUCUUGUGGUAAUUUCCACGAGGCAGGACCAUUUCACUUGAGAAGUCAACAACAGAGGAUAAGACUUUGUGAAAUAGGCGCAUGAAUCAGAAAUAGCACAGUGGAGUUAGACGGAACACAGUACACAAGUUAAGAAUCUACUUCACCCAGGAACAGGAACUAUUACGCUCGUAGGAUGGACGUACAAGCUGAUGAUGUUGUUGACAAGUCACCUGCUGUUGUGGAGGACUCUGACAUCGACGACGUCGUCACGGUGACGCCAGAAUCCUCCGUCCCGUCACCAAAGACCACCAACUUCAGUAUCGCUGCUAUUCUAGGGGGGUCAUUAACAACAAAAACUCAGCAGCCCGUCCCAGAGCCAGAAAACGAUGACGACGACGACAUUGAAAUAACAGUUGAAUCUCUUGAUGGUGAGAGAGUAGACACACCGGAAGUUAGCAAAAUCGCAGACGACACACUAAAAGUGGUUGGCGAACUAGACUGUGUUGAGUGCCGACUGGAGACGAAAGAAUUAUGGGACAAGUUCCACGAUCUUGGAACUGAAAUGAUUAUUACGAAAACCGGCAGACGCAUGUUCCCGACUUUGCGUGUGUCCUUCACUGGCCUUGAACCCGACCAACGUUACAUCGUCGUCAUGGACGUGGUUCCCGUGGACAACAAGCGCUACCGGUACGCAUACCACAGGUCCUCCUGGCUGGUGGCAGGGAAAGCCGACCCCCCUUUGCCCGCUCGGUUCAAUGUCCACCCAGACUCGCCCUUUACAGGAGAGCAGCUGAUGAAGCAGACCGUGUCCUUCGAGAAACUGAAACUGACCAAUAAUAUUCUGGACAAGAGUGGCCAUGUGAUCCUCAACUCCAUGCACAAGUACCAGCCCCGGAUCCACCUACUGAAGAAGACGGAUGACACUCAGCUCCCUCUCUCUAACCUUGACAUGGAGAAGGUCAAAUCCUUCAUUUUCAAGGAAACCGUCUUCAUUGGCGUCACAGCGUACCAGAAUCAGCUGAUAACAAAGUUAAAGAUUGAUAGUAAUCCCUUCGCUAAAGGAUUCCGUGACUCUACACGACUCACAGAUUUUGACAGGGAAACAAUGGAACACCUUCUGCAGAACCACUCGUAUGCGCGAUCCCCACUCAAGGCCUUCACACCUGGCGAGAUGCUGGAGGAACACUACAAACAGGGAGGCCAAGAACCACCCGGAAUGCCUGUCAAUAUGAUGUCACCAUGGCGGUUUUCUAUGUCAGCACUUAGUGCCUAUCACGCUUCAGCCAAUGAAAAAUCUCCGUGUAAUCUCUAUGGCAACAUGUUCAAUCAUCCAUAUUUAAAUCUACGUAGUGAUAUCCAAUCAGCAGCGGCCCUCAACGAGAUGUUGAUACGUAGCGCCCUAUACAAGAAGAGCCUCCAAUCAACGUCAAUUGCUAGUCUAUAUGGCCACGCCCAUCGGUUCCACCCGUAUCUACAGUCCGAGAAGCAUGGCAAGGACGAGUCGUGAUGGGAGAGGCCAGAUGGAGCCAAAUGUCGAUGUGGGAGGUGCAAUGUUAACAUUUUAUGACAAUGAGAGAUGUGCAAUGUGUUUGGACCGACUGUGAUUAAGAGAUGAUUUUUGUUGACUUUAUCCUAAUGAUGGGACGAACAGGUUGUUGGAAAGGCGCCGAUUCUUCCGGAAAGAGAUUAAGCGAACUGUUACAGUGAAUAAGUUCUUGCAGAUAUUAAAUCUAGUCUUCAGAUUUAGAUUCUGCAAAUAUGACAUUCCCAUAGUCGUAAAACCCUUUCGAUACUAGACUCGGAGUCCACAAUACUGGCUGUGAAGUAUGAACGUUGUGCUCUGAGUAGUUGCGAAGUCAUCCUAGAAGCUGAGAAGGAGGAGGCGUCAUUUGGGUGCCCAUGAAGCUUAUCCUUCACCUUCACCUGUCUCUCCAAGCACUAUGUGUCAGUCUUGUCCAGUGACGUCAUUGCCCUAUGUGUUACCAUGGUGACCAGUGCCUUAGGCGCCGGCGCUCUGAUCUCACAUUGCCUUGUCCAUCACCACCACCAUCAGCACCACACCCUGUUCCAGACAGAACCAUCCAAUUCAUGGGCAGAGAAGCGCAUUCUGCCAACGAAGUCCAGAUGAGACGCUAAGCUCCUCCCACCCCCUUCGUUCACCUGCAAGGCUCAUCGAAAUAUGUCUCUAGGUGUCGCAACAUGUACACGUGGACCGAGGAGUUCUGUGAUGACAGCCGUGGGUUUCUACCACGCAUAUUUCAAGUGCACUGACAGAGGAAAUCCGCGAGAUUUAAAACUUUAUGAAGUCUAUUAAACUAUUGUACAUACGCGUAUAUUGUGUAAAGGAUUUUAUUGAAACUCUAUGUUCUGUUGUUGCUUAAUUAUGAACAUUCCGCUUUUGUUUUAAUUAAAAAUGUCAGUCUCUC